AUGGACACCGCGGCGCGGCGCGCGCUGUGGGACCUGCUGCGCGAGGAGAAGGCGGGCCGCACCCUGCUGCUCACCACGCACAUGAUGGACGAGGCGGACGUGCUGGGCGACCGCAUCGCCAUCAUGGCCGGCGGCCGGCUGCAGUGCUACGGCUCGCCCUACUUCCUCAAGAAGCGCUUCAGCGGCGGCUACCACCUCGUGGUGUUGCUGGCGAAGCAUAUUCAGGGCCUGAAGAUUGUCCGGGAGACGGGGUUUGAGAUCGUCUACCAGCUGGACGAAGCUCGGACGGCGAGCUUCGAGCCAAUGUUGGCGGAUCUGGAGCGGAAGGCGACAGAGUUGGACGUGGCCACCUUCGGUGUCUCCCUCACCACCAUGGAGGAGGUGUUCUUGAAGUAGGUGGACUCCAAAUAGUAACGUUUAAACCACAACAUUAGGGCUGCGGAUAAAAGCUCGCGCCUCGAAAUUAGUAGGUACAAACCCAAAUUAUUAAGUGGAACAAAGCAGGUUUGACGAGGGUUAGUGAGUUCAAAUUUUACGAGCAUAGUUAUGUGUGAAUAUGUUUCCGUAUUGCACUCAUUUUCUCGUUUAUUGUAAGUUUUGAAGCAAACGUAAUGAAAACAAUUCCUUUGUAAUUUCGUUUGCUCCAUUGUUCUAGUUUAGCACUGUCAAAUUAUACAAAUCGAAUGAAUAAAUCUCUGAGUUUUGAAACUUGCUUUGAUAUUUUUUGGUACCUAGAACAAAUUAAUCUAAAAAUCCUGAAUUGUGGGGGUAGGGGUGUUACUUCAAAGUGAGUGAUUGGAAUUCUCACUUCCGGUACUGUAAUAAAUCCAUUUAUAUUUGCACUUUUGAAUUGAGACUAAAAAUU